GACCAGGCUGGCCUGAAAAAGAGAUCCACCUGCCUCUGCUUCCCCAGUGCUGGGAUUAAAGGUGUACGCCACCACCGCCCAGCGUGAUGUUCUUAAUAGUAACUGCUAGUCAAGGCUAAUGGAGAUUUUUUUCCUUAGGAAGUAAAGGAUUGAGACAUGUCAUGUAGCACAAACUGGCCCUGAACUCCUGAUCCUUCUCCCUACUUUGCAACUGCUGGGAUUACAAACAGGUUCUACCACAUUUGGCUAGAAGUUUUCUAUUUAGGAUGUUUCUCUCUGAAUUCAUAUUGCUGAACUGCUUUGGUGUGUUGCUGAUUUUUUUUGUGUGUGUGUGGAUGUUUGACAUACUAAGAAUUAACUACCAAAAAAUGGGCUCUUGAAGCUGGAGAAAUGGCUCAGUAGGUAAAGUCCUUGCUGUGAAAUCAUGAGGACCUGGGGAUUGCUAGCCAGCCAGUCUAGCCAAACCAGCAAACUCUAGCUUUAAUAAAAGACUAUUUCAAACAAUAAGGUGGGAAGGUUAAAGAAAUUACCCAAUGUCAAUCUCAAAGUUCCACAAACACCACUAUAGUGGUUUAAAUGAGAAUGGCCCCCCCAAAGUUGGUGGAACUGUUUGGGGAAGGAUUAGGAGGUGUGGACUUUUUGGAGGAGGUAUGUCACUAGAGAUAGCCUUUGACGUUUCAAAGGCUCAUGCCAUUCCUAGUUAGCUUUCUGCCUCAGGCUUAUGGAUAAGAUGUACGCUCUCAAAUACUGCUCCAGUGCCAUGCAUGCCUGCCUGCUUGCUGCCAGAUCUCCAUCAUGAUGUUCAUAGACUCACCCUCCGAAACUGUCAUCUUUGAAAUUUAUAAAACAUGGAGAAGACUCAAGAGAAAGCUGAAAGAAUUCUUCUAGAGCCCUAUAGGUACUUACUUCAAUUACCAGGUAAACAGGUGAGAACCAAACUUUCACAGGCAUUUAAUCACUGGCUGAAAGUUCCAGAAGACAAACUACAGAUUAUCAUUGAAGUAACUGAAAUGUUGCAUAACGCCAGCCUACUCAUUGAUGAUAUUGAAGACAAUUCAAAGCUCCGACGUGGUUUUCCAGUGGCGCAUAGCAUCUAUGGAAUCCCAUCUGUCAUCAAUUCUGCCAAUUAUGUCUAUUUCCUUGGCCUGGAGAAAGUCUUAACACUUGAUCACCCAGAUGCUGUAAAGCUUUUCACACGCCAACUUUUGGAACUCCAUCAGGGACAAGGCCUAGAUAUUUACUGGAGGGACACCUACACCUGUCCCACUGAGGAAGAAUACAAAGCCAUGGUGUUGCAGAAGACAGGUGGAUUGUUUGGACUAGCAGUGGGUCUCAUGCAGUUGUUCUCUGAUUACAAAGAAGAUUUAAAGCCACUGCUUGAUACACUUGGACUCUUCUUCCAGAUUAGAGAUGAUUAUGCCAAUUUACACUCCAAAGAAUACAGUGAAAACAAAAGUUUCUGUGAAGACCUGACAGAAGGGAAGUUCUCAUUCCCCACUAUUCAUGCCAUCUGGUCAAGGCCAGAAAGCACCCAGGUACAGAAUAUCCUGCGCCAAAGAACAGAAAAUAUAGAUAUUAAAAAAUACUGUGUGCAGUACCUGGAGGAUGUAGGUUCUUUUGAAUAUACUCGAUACACUCUGAGAGAGCUUGAAGCUAAAGCCUAUAAACAAAUUGAGGCCUGUGGUGGGAACCCUGCACUAGUGGCUUUAGUGAAGCAUUUAAGUAAGAUGUUCACAGAAGAAAAUGAAUAAUAUUUGCUGAUUUUGGUUAGAUUCAAUGGCUUCUUUCAGUUGAAAAUGCGGAGUGGCUUCCUGUUUAUCUUUUCAAGUACUAGUCUCCAAAAACAGAGUAAAUGAGGAUGAUGUGGGUGAAAGUGUUUCAUUGUCAGAAUCCCUUUGCAUAAAAAUACAAACUUGAGGGCUAGAGUGAUGGCUCAGUGGUUAAGAGGCUUGCAGAGAACCCAGGUUCAAUUCCCAGUGCCCAUAUAGAAGUUCACCACCAUCUAUAACUCCAGUUCCGAUGAUCUGAUGGCCUCUUCUGACCUUUGCAGGCAGCAGGCAUGCACGUAAUACACUGACGCACAUGUAGGCAAAGCACUCAUACAAAUGAGAUAGAUUUUUUUAAUUUUUUAAAAACAAAGUUGAAAGUACCAGGAGCCACAAAAACGGGUCUUAGAAAUGUCAGACGCUGAAUGUGACCAACUCCCUACUACCACACAUGUUCUGGAUUUACAAAUAAAAAAGACAUCUUCCAAGAAA